AUGGGGGCUUCCGUCUGCCAUGCUGAUUCCUUUUGUGGCCUGGGAGGUAGCUCGGUGCAGCAUUCGGAAAUGAGACCGCGGUCUCGAAAAGACCACUACGACACUGCCGGAGGGCUUCAGGCCGAGCCUGCGAACCAUGGCAUCGAUGGUGCCGACACGGCUCCCAGCUCCGUUCGGCUCCGGGACGGCAGUCAAGACAAGCAGGCUGCUGCAUCCAGUCUAGCCGAACCCAAAGACAUACGCGGCUCUGAUGCGGAGAACUCCCCAGUGGCCGCCGACGACGGCGGCUCGGAAUCCCUGGCUGCGAACUACUUCCUGCGAGAGGCUGGGGAGCUGCAAAACCUCCAACACUUCGGGGGUGGCCCACUGGUGCGGGCGCGGAAGAGAUACGUCUUCAAGACGGGCGCUGUGUACGACGGGCAAUGGCUCGGUAACACCCGGGAUGGCAUCGGAAAGCAGACCUGGCCAGAUGGUGCCGAGUACAUCGGCGAGUGGAAGAACAACGUCGUGACCGGCAUGGGUAGCUUUGCCCACGGAGAUGGGGACAAGUACAUCGGGAUGUGGAGGCCCUGUCAGUCGCUGCUUGCUGCCUCCCUGGCCUUGAACUCAUGGUUCCGCGGCAUGGAGCCUUAUCAGAUCCUUCGCACAAGCGCUCUCCUUGCACUUGCCGUGAAGCUGCUUGCGCGCCUGAGAUGGAUCACCAGGCAUGAGGGCUUGAAGGCGUACUUCUUGCACCUGGUGACGCCCUACCUGAAGAAGCUGCCGAUGGUAAAAGCCAAGCUCCAAAAGGAGAUGCAAAAGACCAUGACGGACAUGAGAGCCAAGUUUUCGGAGGAUCUCACCGACCCGCGAACGCACCUGCCGGGCAAAGGCAUCGCCGAUCAGGAGAUCCUGAAGCUCAUAGACGAGCGCAAGCAGCUCGACACCCGUCGCUGGACUGCCGGAAAGAUCACGGGCGCCGUGUACCACGGCGGUCAGGAGCAUUACGACUUCAUCGGGCAGGUGUUUUCCAAGUGGGCUUUUUGCAACCCUCUGCAUCCUGACUUACACCCGUCGCUGCGGCAGAUGGAUGCAGAGGUUGUGCAGAUGGUCGUCAACCUGUACCAUGGCGGCCCGGAUGCUUGUGGAGCUUUCACGACUGGAGGGACCGAGAGCAUCUUGAUGGCCAUGAAAGCACACCGCGACUGGGGAGCUGCCGAGAAGGGCAUCAGGGACCCGAACAUUGUCGUGUGCACGACGGCGCAUGCUGCCUUUGACAAGGCGGGGAAGUAUUUCAAGAUCUACGUGAAAAAAGCCAGAACUGACAAAGACAUGGCGGUGGACCUGAAGCACCUCGAGAGCCUGAUUGACAGCAACACCGUGGCAAUCGUAGGCUCUUGCUGUCAAUACGCCCACGGGACCAUCGAUCCCAUCGAGAGCAUGGGCAAAGUCGCAUUGAAGCACAACAUUGGCCUACACGUCGAUUGUUGCUUAGGGGGCUUUCUCGUGCCAUUUAUGCAGGAGGCUGGCUAUCCCCUACCGCCCUUUGACUUCAGAGUUCCAGGGGUCACGUCCAUCUCAUGUGAUCCUCACAAAUACGGCUUCGCUCCAAAGGGCAGCUCAGUGGUCAUGUUUUCGAGCAGGGAGCUGCGUCAUCACAUGUACUGCUACCUGACCGACUGGUCCGGAGGUAUCUACGCAACACCGACCAUGACAGGGUCGCGCCCUGGUGGUCCUGUUGCGGCAACGUGGGCUGCCAUGUGUAGGUUUGGGGUGGAGGGAUAUGUGGAGACCACUCGGCAGAUAGUCGGCGCUGCGCGGCAGAUCGCUGAAGGAAUCAGGAAGAUUGAGGGCAUCCACGUGGUUGGACGGGCCGAGGUAUGUGUGGUGGCCUUCAACACGGACUCGGAUGCAGGCUUCAGCUGCUACGCCGUGGCCGACUGCUUGAAGCAGCAGUUUGGGUGGGAGCUGGCCACUUGCCAGAACCCGGCAUGUGUCCACCUCGCCGUGACGCUCCUUACAGCUAAGAACGCGGCGCAGUUUCUGGCUGAUCUUGAGGCUGCUGUGCAAACUGCUCGAGAGAAUCCAAAAGGCUUCACGUCCACGGCCGGUAUGUAUGGAAUGGCUGCCACCCUUCCGGCUGGUUUCAUCGAGGACGCGGUCGGUGCCUACGUGGAUGCUAUGUCAGAGGCUCACGCAGGGCCAGCACCCGCCGCUUGA